CGCCAAGCCGAUCUCCGACGAGGACACCUCUCCGCAUCAAAACACAACUCAACCAGCCCAGCUGGCCAAUAAUAGUUUAUCAAGCGGCCCACCCCAUCACAUCCUUCGAUCACAAGCCGCCCAUCAUGUUAUCCUCCCUCUCUUCUACUAUGGCAAACGCCCGACACUCAAUCGCACAAGCCUUGAACUUUGCCCUAGUUCUCUCUACGGCUUUCAUGCUAUGGAAGGGCCUGUCUGUUGCCUCCGCAUCCAGCUCGCCAAUCGUCGUCGUGUUGUCUGGGUCAAUGGAACCGGCCUUCCAGCGUGGUGACCUGCUGUUUUUGUGGAAUCGGAGCCCUCGUGCGGAGAUUGGAGAGGUCGUCGUCUACAACGUUCGAGGCAAGGACAUCCCGAUUGUACACCGCGUGGUGCGGACAUUCCCCGAGGUCGAAGGGCGCGUGAACGCGAGGAAGGUGAAAGAAAUUACAGUGGACACGGCACCCGACUCUCAUAUGCUCCUUACCAAGGGUGACAACAACAUUGCCGAUGAUGUCGAACUCUACGCUCAGGACCAAGACCACCUCAACCGCAAGGAAGAUAUUGUGGGCAGUGUGCGUGGGUAUAUCCCGAUGGUGGGAUAUGUUACCAUUAUGCUGUCUGAGCACCCUUGGCUCAAGACAGUAAUGCUUGGAUUGAUGGGCAUAAUGGUCAUGCUUCAGCGAGAGUAAUGGAUGCAUGGGAAUAUAAAAUGCGCAGAUAGAUAGGAAAUACCGGCAAAACAACCCAAAUGUGUUAUCUAGGCGCCGUAGGGUAUAAUCAAGCCAUGUAGAUCUCAAUAUAAAUACG